CACGUGUGGUUUGUUGUUAUUUGAAUUUCACAAGCAACAUGUUUGCCAAAAAGCAGAAAAUAGAAAAUGAAGCCGAAAUAAAAGUAACGCCACACACGCUCCAAGCACGGCUGAUAUCCGAUACUGGGGAGGAAGCCGGACCACCCAUAGACUUGCCCGCUGGCAUUACAACACAGCAGUUGGGUCUCAUUUGCAAUGCGCUGCUUAAAAACGAGGAGGCAACACCUUAUCUGUUCUUUGUGGGCGAGGAUGAAAUUAAAAAGUCACUAGAGGAGACGCUCGAUCUUAGCACAGUAGACACUGAGAAUGUAAUUGACAUAGUGUAUCAGCCACAGGCAGUGUUUAAAGUGCGCCCGGUGACAAGAUGCACGAGUUCCAUGCCUGGCCAUGCAGAGGCUAUAGUAUCGCUACACUUUAGCCCAGAUGGUCGGCAUUUAGCUAGUGGCAGCGGUGAUACGACAGUGCGUCUGUGGGAUCUUAAUACCGAGACACCACAUUACACCUGCAGCGGACACAAGCAGUGGGUGCUGUGCGUUGCCUGGUCACCAGAUGGCAAGCGACUGGCCAGUGCCUGCAAGGCUGGCAACAUUAUUAUUUGGGAUCCGGAGACCGGCAAACAAGUGGGUCGCAAUCUUAGCGGACAUAAGAAGCACAUCAAUGGUCUCGCCUGGGAGCCGUAUCAUUUGAAUCCUGAGUGUCGAAGGCUAGCUUCGGCAAGCAGCGACGGUGACUGCCGCGUUUGGGAUGUCAAGUUGGGCCAGUGUCUGUUCAACAUUGCAGGACAUACAAAUGCUGUAACUGCAGUUCGCUGGGGCGGCACGGGACUUAUCUACACCUCCUCUAAGGAUCGCAGCGUUAAAAUGUGGCGUGCUGCCGACGGCAUUCUAUGUCGCACCUUCUCUGGGCAUGCACAUUGGGUAAACAACAUAGCGCUGAGCACAGACUAUGUGCUGCGCACAGGACCUUUUCAGCCAGUAAAUACGCGCCAGGAGGCUCAGGCGCAGGUAGAUCAAAACUCUGAGGAUAUGCGUGCUGCUGCUUUAAAACGCUAUCAAGCUGUUUGUCCUGAUGAAGUGGAAUCGCUUGUUUCCUGCUCGGAUGACAACACACUCUACUUGUGGCGCAACAAUGCGAACAAAUGCGUGCAACGCAUGACAGGCCAUCAGAAUGUGGUCAACGAUGUCAAGUACUCGCCGGAUGUUAAGCUUAUAGCAUCCGCUUCCUUUGACAAAUCGGUGCGACUGUGGCGUGCUCAUGAUGGUCAGUUCAUUGCUACAUUCCGUGGACACGUGCAGGCGGUUUAUACGUUAGCUUGGUCAGCUGACUCGCGUCUGAUUGUUUCUGGCAGCAAGGAUUCCACAUUAAAGGUUUGGAGCGUGCAAACCAAAAAGUUGGCACAGGAGCUGCCUGGACAUGCUGACGAAGUCUUUGGUGUGGACUGGGCGCCAGAUGGUUCCCGUGUGGCCUCCGCUGGCAAGGAUAAGGUCAUUAAACUCUGGGCGCAUUGAUGCAUUGCAUCUUACUAUGUACAUGGCUUUAGUAUAACGUAUAUAUAA